UUAACCACUUCAAUAUAAAUUGUUAUAUAUUUAACAUCACAAUAUUGAUUUUCCCUAGAUAAUCACAUUUUUCUGACAUUUUCACCAAAUGGAUUACUUCACCAUUUCCGUAACCAAUCAAGACUUGGUUAAGGAAGAGCCAAUUACAUUAGUUUCUCCAAAGAACCCAAUGCCGGUUGAAACAAUUUUCUUAUCUAACAUUGACCAAGCAGUCACUUUCCCUGUUGAAACAGUCUUCUUUUUUGAGGUCCCUGAUCAGGACGAGAUCAGCUCCUCGACACUUGAUAUCUCUCUUACGGUGAAGCAAGCAGUGGCUGAUGUGCUUCUUGUUCCUUACUAUUUCAUGGCUGGCAGGCUCAGCUUUAACCACCAGACCAACAGGCUGCAGCUUCUUUGCAACAAUGCUGGAGUUUUGUUUGUGAGUGCAACAUCAAGGCUUAGGUUAAAGGAUCUUGGGAAUCUUUCUCUUCCAAAUUCUACAUUUCAUCAUUUUGUUCAUCGGCCUGGCCUGUAUAAAAGCCUAGAUGAAACAGCACUUUUCACCAUACAGGUCACAAGGUUUGCAUGUGGAGGUUUCUCCAUUGGUUUUGUGACAAACCAUGCUAUUCUUGAUGGAAAAUCAGCCAGUGAGAUGUUUGAGAAUCUUGCCUCUAUUUGCAGAGGUGAAGGGCUACAAACCGAAGUUAUCUACAACGAUAGAACAUGUUUAAAAGCUAGGAAUCCACUAAUGAUUAGGUACCCACAUAAGGAGUAUAUAAAACUCAAAAAGACAUCAUCACUUGCAUCGUGUUUUACUGCACCAGAACAAUCAUCUCCAUCUCCAUUGAUUUUCUCAAACAUUUACACUCAUAAACUCUUCUCUUUCACUCCUGAAAUGAUCUUCACCCUGAAAAAGAAAGCAAAGACUAGGUGCUCAAGCUUUGAGGCUCUGGUAGCUCAUAUUUGGAGAGCAAGAUCAAAAGCAAUAUUUACAAACUUAGAUGAUUUUUCUGCAGUUCUUUUUGCAGUGGACAUAAGGUCUAAAAUAUCACCACCAUUGCCAAAUGGCUUUGCAGGCAAUGCUGUGGUCACAGCAUUUGCUAAUGCAAAAGUGGUUGAUUUGGUAGAGAAGCCAUUUUCUUUCUAUGUGGAGAAGAUAAAGGAAGCUAGAGCCAGCAUAACAGAUGAGUAUGUGAGGUCAGUGAUAGAUUGGCUGGAGGUUUAUAGAGGGAUUCCAGCAACUUGUAAUGGGAAUUUCUAUGCGUCUGCUUGGUGGAAACUGAGAUUCAAUCAGCUUGAUUUCGGAUUCGGGAAGCCUACUCAUGGAGGGCCAGUUGUAAGUGGGAAUGACGAAUUUGUUUUGCUGCUUUCUGAUGGAAAAUGUGGAGAUAGUGGAGGAGGGAUUAAUGUGUGGUUGGGGCUUGAACCAGAGAAAAUGAAGAGGUUAAUGGUUCAUAUCUUUGACAUAUGAAUCAUAUGACACCAAAGUUCCAACCAAUACUAAUGGUAUAUCUACCAUCUUCCGAUUAAAGUGUAAUAAUCUAACUUAGAUUUGGACA